CCACGCAGAAAUCCACAUAUCAAGAGAGACCAAAACAGAAGAAGAGUAUAUGCAGUCUGUAACAAUGGCUUUAUACUCGUUCUCUUUGCAUCUUUUUCUUCUUCUUUUCUUCAUACUUAGCUCAGCUAGAGCGAGUGAGGCUGACUUUGAGCUUACUCAAGAUGUGUUAGCCCGACAAGAAGCAGACAGAGUCAUUAGACUUCCUGGCCAGCCUAAGGUAACGUUCAAGCAGUAUGCAGGCUAUGUAACAGUCAAUGAAAGUCAUGGGAGAGCGUUGUUUUAUUGGUUCUUUGAAGCCAUUGAGAAUCCUGAAGAGAAACCUUUGCUUCUGUGGCUCAAUGGAGGGCCAGGGUGCUCGUCCAUUGGCUAUGGAGAGGCAGAGGAGUUAGGUCCUUUCUUUCCUAAGAGAGGUGGACAAGAGCUACAGUUCAAUCCUCACACAUGGAAUAAUGUGGCCAAUCUGUUGUUUCUGGAAUCUCCUGUUGGGGUUGGAUUUUCCUACUCCAAUACCACCAGUGAUCUUAAAGAGCUUGGUGACACGGUUACAGCUCAAGAUUCAUACAUAUUUCUUGUGAGAUGGUUCCAAAGAUUCCCGCAGUUCAAGUCCCAUGAGUUCUACAUUUCUGGAGAGAGUUAUGCAGGGCACUAUGUUCCACAGCUUGCCGAGGUAAUCUAUGACGGCAACAAGAAAGUUUCCGAGAAAGAUCACAUAAACUUAAAGGGCUUUAUUAUAGGCAAUGCAUUAUUGGAUGAUGAAACAGAUCAAAAGGGGAUGAUAGAUUAUGCGUGGGAUCAUGCUGUAAUAUCCGACCGUCUGUACCAUGAUGUUAAGAAAAAAUGCAAUUUCAGUGAGAAGCAUCCAUCCCAUGAUUGCAAAAAUGCCCUCCAUCAGUACUUUGGUGUUUAUAGAAUUAUUGACAUGUACAGCUUAUACAGCCCUAGAUGCAUCAACAGUAACUUCAGCGAAGCCAGAGACAGACCGGUUAUUCAUGGCAACAUGGCUCCUCAAUUGUUAUCCAAAUUUGCAGACUGGCACAAGAGACCUGCUGGCUAUGACCCUUGUGCCUCAGACUACACUGAGAUUUAUAUGAAUAGGCCAGCCGUUCAGGCAGCCCUCCAUGCUAAUGUAACCAAAAUUCCCUAUCCAUGGACUCACUGCAGUGACAAUAUCACAUUUUGGAGUGAUGCACCACAAUCAAUUCUUCCCAUAAUCAAGAAACUUAUUGCUGGGGGAAUUCGCAUAUGGGUCUACAGCGGAGAUACCGAUGGUAGAAUUCCGGUGACUGCAACUAGAUACACAUUAAACAAGCUAGGAUUGAACACUAUUGAAGAAUGGACUCCAUGGUACCAUGGAAAACAGGUUGCAGGGUGGACAAUUGUGUACGAUGGGCUAACUUUUGUCACCAUUAGAGGGGCUGGCCACCAAGUACCAACGUUUAAGCCUAAACAGUCCCUUGCCUUCAUUAAGCGCUUCUUGGAAAAUAAGAAAUUGUCGUCUGAAGCCUUUUAGUAGAAUCUCCAUCUUCUUCUUGCUUUCUUGCCUAUUUGGACUGGUAGUGCAAUUAUAAUUAUUACCACAUCCUUCUUCUCCUUCAGAUGAAGGAAAAGAGUUUAAUGCUGAAAA